AUGUCAUACUCACAGGGCAGUGCAGGAUCGAAUGGAAUGGCCUACAACAUGUUGAAUGCUUCGCAAUCCCUUAACUCCACCCCUCGCGCAACUCCUCCACCCCCGAAAGGAUCUCAGAUGUCCUCUUUCGGUUAUCCCAAUGGACUGCCACGAAGCUUUAGUGGAUACGAUGGAGCCAACGACUAUGGGUCGGUAAUGUCAUACCAGGAGGAGUACAAACCACAGAUUUACCGAGCUGUCUAUUCUAAUGUCGCUGUCUAUGAGAUGGAAGUGAAUGGUGUCGCUGUGAUGAAACGUCGAUCCGAUUCUUGGUUGAACGCUACGCAAAUUUUGAAAGUCGCCGGUGUUGUGAAAGCGAGACGAACGAAAACCCUCGAGAAAGAAAUUGCGGCUGGUGAACACGAGAAGGUCCAAGGCGGUUACGGAAAAUACCAGGGGACGUGGGUUAACUACCAACGAGGCGUCGACUUGUGUCGAGAGUACCACGUUGAAGAAUCACUCCGGCCACUGCUGGAGUACGAUAUGAGCCCUGACGGCUCCGGAGCUCCUGCCCACGGAUCGACGAUAGAUACACCCACCAAAGAACAAGCAAUGGCCGCGCAGCGCAAGCGACUUUACAACGGUGGAGAGAGUCGCAGCGCAUCACAGCCGCAGCAGGGAACUUUCUUCCAAAAUAUCUCACGAACCGCCGCCACCGCUGUUAAUGCGCUCAGCAAAGCGCGCUUCGACUCCCCCAGCUCUAACAGUCGUCGACCCAGCAUGGCUCGCAAGCCCUCACAACAGAUGAACAGCCAGGAAUCCGGCCUUGCGUUCAGCAGCCAGCAGAGCAUGUACAGCAUGUCCGACAGCGGAUUUAGCAGCCUACAAAAUCGGUACCAGGUGCAAGAUGACACCGACGAUCUUGCGGAACCUCCACGCAAACGUAUGCGCUCUACUUCGCACCAGGGCCCACCUAUCGGCCUCACUCGAGAACCAUCCAAUCUAUCCAUGCACGAACCUACACCCACAGAACCUAACGACUCCUUUUAUCAAGAUAUGGAUCUUCCUCCCCCUCCCAUGGAUGAUGGUUCGAAACGCGGCGUCGAGUCCCUGGCGCCUGCUUCUACCCCACAGAGAUUCCAGAAGAUGAAGCUCAUUAUGACAUUGUUCCUCGAUAAACGAACAAAAGACUUCACGAAUCACCCAGCCUUGUUGCAGUUGACCGGGGACGAUCUUGAAAUUCCCCUUGACGAAUACCGAAACAAUGCCCUUCACUGGGCUGCGAUGCUUGCCCGCAUGUCACUGCUCAAUGCGCUAGUCGCCAAGGGUGUCAGUAUAUCGCGAGUCAACGGUGCCGGAGAAACGGCACUGCAAAAGUCCGUGGGCACUCGAAACAACCUCGAUUAUCGAAGCUUCCCGCGUUUGCUGCAGGUGCUAGCCCCUACCAUUGACAUGGUGGAUUACAGCGGACGUACCAUCCUGCACCACAUCGCCAUGAUGGCUGCAACUGGUGGCGGCGGACACGUAUCCGCAAAGCAUUAUUUGGAAGCCCUUCUUGAGUUUAUUGUACGACAUGGAGGCAUCGUUGCAAGUUCGAAUGGAGACCAUGCGCCAAACGGGAACCCUGGUGGUGAAGUUAUCUCUUUGGGACGGUUCAUCUCCGAGAUUGUCAACCUCCGCGAUGAUCAGGGUGAUACGGCCCUUAAUCUGGCUGGACGUGCCCGCUCAGUCCUUGUCCCGCAACUCCUGGAAGUGGGUGCCGAUCCUCACAUUCCAAACCACACUGGCCUCCGGCCUGCUGACUACGGUGUGGGUGUCGACAUGGUCGACGGAAACUCUCAAUCUCAGCAACCGGCCAGUCGGAAUGACACAUUCAUUGAUCAAUUGGCGAAGUCGAAGAAAGAGAUUCUCGAUGCGGCAAUGUCCCAAAUCAGCGCAAUGGUCGAGGAAACACUCGGGGGAAUUGACCGAGAGUUGGCUUCGAGCUUGACACAAAAACAAGAGAGUUUCGAUCACUGGCAUACGAAGAUUCGCGAGUCUGCUAAAGCUCGGCAGAUCGAACAGAAGCAAUAUGAUGAGCUCAGACGCAAGGGUUCUGAGCGCGUGGAGCUAGACCGGCGGAUCAAGAAUCUGGAGCGGUCAUCUGAGGGUCUGUUGGUAACAGUGAAGAACACACCAGGACUGGACGCGAGCAAGACGGUUGUUGUGGGUGAUGCCGACAGAGGUUCGGGCGUUGAUGUCGCGACAUUUGACGCCCUAUUCCCCGAGGGCUUCGACCCAGCGUCCGGGUUCUCAGAACAGCAAGCCGCCUUCCUGGCUUCACUGCCAGCAACGGAUCUGCUUAGGCGCCAGGCACAAUGCUACAAAGAAUUCAACGGAGGGAUAUUAGCUGAAGUCGAUGGCUUGAAAGCAAAGAACGCGGUUCUUGGCCAGAACUACCGUCGCAUGGUGAUGGCAUGCACGGGUUGGACAGCGGAGCAAGUAGAUGAAGCCGCGGAGGGGCUCACGCAGUGCGUCAAGGAAUUGAAUGACAAUCCCGUCCCCGAGGACGAAGCCAUUGAGAUCCUGAUGCGGGAUCGCGGGCAGGACUGGUAG